UGCUGACCCAGCCCACUUUCGAUUAACAAACUACCUCCUCGAUUAAAAAAAUUAAAUUAAAAGAAAAAAGAACUAAAACAAAACUGGAUCCCUUUCUUCUUCCUCUUGCCUUCGCUGUUCGAAAUCACGCUACAAGUUCUAGAAACCUAACCCUAGCCCUAGAAAUCUCCCCCAAAUGCUCGUUGCUUUCAAUUGAAGAUGAGGCUGCCACCUCGGCGAUUGAGGAUCCCUCUCCUCGCUCUCAGUGGUCUCCUCUUCUUCACCUCUUUCCUCUUCUUAGCAAUCGUCCCUGCCGAUUUCUCCCCUGCUCUGCAGCAUUACCAGUUGAUUGGGGAGAACUCUGUUAUAAGGAAAACAACUGAGAAGCUCAACUCAAUCAAACGGGAAAUUAAUGGGGGAUUGAGAGUACCUGCUGAGAUUGUCUUAAAAGAUAGAAAUUAUCACGCGCCAGCUGAAAAUGCUGUGCAAAAUGAGAGGAGUGGUGGUUUGAGAGACGCUGGUGAUGGCGAGGAAGUUAAGGAGCACGAUGCUCCGAAAUUUUCUGUUGAAAGGGAGAAACCUGCUCAGCUAUCUAUAGGAGAACAAAGGGGAUCAUCUCGGCAACAUCCCAUAAUAAAUGAGAAGGUUGGUGAGAUGGAAGAUCAGCUAAUCACAGCCCAGACUUACUUGCAAUUUGCACCGCCAAAUAGUAAUUCCCAUUUAGUAAGAGAAUUGAAGGUGAGAAUUAAAGAAAUUCAAAGGGUACUUGGUCACUCCAGAGGUUCUAGUUUACCGAGAGGUGGUUUACAGAAAAUGAGGGCGAUGGAAGAGACAUUGUCCAAGGCCAACAAGGCUUAUCCAGACUGCUCUGCAAUGGCAUCAAAGCUACGUGCUAUGACACAAAAUACAGAAGAACAACUCAGAGCCCAACUGAAUCAAGCUUCAUAUCUUAUUCAGCUUGCUGCCAGCACUUUCCCUAAAGGUCUUCAUUGCCUAUCCAUGCGCCUUACUACACAGUACUUCACUUUGGAGCCUAAGGAUCGCCAGUUUCCUAAUACAAACAAAACUCAGAGAGAAGAUUUAUAUCAUUAUGCCAUUUUUUCUGAUAAUAUUUUAGCAUGCGCCGUGGUAGUGAACUCCACAAUAUCCUCUUCUCAGGCACCUGACCAAAUUGUCUUUCAUAUAGUGACUGAUUCUCUUAACUUCCCAGCAAUGACGAUGUGGUUUCUUUUGAACCCACCUGGGCGAGCCACAGUUGAGAUACAGAACAUGGACGAUCUCAAAUUGCUUCCUCAAGAUUUCAGUUUAAUGGUUAAGCAGUCAGGUGUACGAGAUCCACGAUUUAUUUCGCCACUCAACCAUCUUCGCUUUUAUUUGCCAGAUAUUUUUCCUUACCUGAACAAGGUUUUACUUUUGGAUCAUGAUGUGGUAGUCCAGAAAGAUCUUAGGGUGUUGUGGAAAAUAAAUAUGAAGCGCAAAGUAAUUGGUGUUGUUGAGACAUGCCAGAAAGGUGAUUCAUCUCAUCGACUGGAUACGCUCGUUGACUUCUCUGAACCAACAAUGGCAAAAAAUUUUGAUGCCAAGGCAUGUCUGUGGGCAUUUGGGAUGAAUAUAUUCGACUUGCAUGAAUGGCGGAAACGAGGUUUAACUCGAGUUUAUAGUAAAUGGCUUCAGCUGGGAAGGAGGAGGCAAUCAUGGAAAGCAGGAAGCUUGCCAUUGGGUCAGCUAACAUUUUACAACCACACAAGAACUCUUGAUAGACAAUGUCACUUAGUUGGACUCGGACAGGAUUCUUCAAUGAAUAGAUCAGAGAUCGAUAAGGCAGCAGUCAUCCACUAUACUGGAAACAUGAAACCAUGGCUUGAGAUUGGUAUUCAAAGAUACAGAGGUUAUUGGAACAAAUUCCUCAAUUAUGAUCAGCCCUUUUUACAACAGUGCAACAUCCAUGAGUAGCCCCUGUUGGAGGCUUUCGUUCUAGUUGUUGUUUCUUAAAAAUUUCAAUAGUUGUUUACCGAUUCUUUCUCUUCUUGUAAUGUAAAAUCAUCGCUCCAUAUUUUGUCUUUCUUCACCCAACACAGCUGCCGUUUAUAGCCCAUCCCAUUCUUUUUCGCAGACCCUGAUAGAAUAAGAGUUAUCCUUUGGAGCUCUUUUCCUCUAUAUUUUUACCGAAUACCCUCUAUUGAUGUAAGAACAUAUUAACAGAGUGUACAUUUUGGCUCAGAAACCUUAAAAUUUCAUAUGAUUGUUUUUUUUUGUUUUUCA